AGGAGGAGGAGGCGGCGCCGCGGGUCGGCUCCAGUCGCCUCGGGAGGAGGACGAGGAAGGAGAGGACGCUGCCGGGCGCGCGGGAUGGAAACUGACUGUAACCCCAUGGAACUAAGCAGUGUGUCGGGGUUUGAAGACGGCUCGGAGCUUAAUGGUUUUGAAGGAACCGAUGUGAAGGACAUGCGGCUAGAAGCAGAAGCAGUAGUGAAUGACGUCCUCUUUGCCGUUAACAACAUGUUCGUCUCAAAAAGCCUGCGCUGUGCAGACGACGUGGCCUAUAUCAACGUGGAGACAAAGGAAAGGAACAGAUACUGCCUGGAGCUCACUGAAGCAGGGCUGAGGGUAGUAGGUUAUGCCUUUGACCAGGUGGAUGAUGAUUUGCAGACGCCCUACCAUGAAACAGUCUACUCCUUGUUGGAUACGCUCAGCCCCGCCUACCGGGAAGCAUUUGGCAAUGCACUGCUUCAGAGACUUGAAGCUUUGAAAAGGGAUGGACAGUCAUGACCAAGCUUCUUCCUUUAAAGGGGGCUGUUGCUGGUUACGAAUGUUAACAGAAAACUUGAAAUUCUUGCAUAUGAUCAACGGUAGAAAACACA